UUUGUGCUAGUGGAACAUGAGUCACUGAACACCUGAACCUUCUGAUACACAGUGGACCGAGCUUUACCCUGAGGAUCAGAAUUGUCCUGUUGUGGUUAAGACUGAGAUGCAGCUGAAUAGUAAAACUGUGACUGGGGUCCUGCUAACGGUGCUAAUUCUGGGAGUGCUGUACUGGUACCUGUUCCAGCCCUUCAGACUGGUGCCUGAAAGGACACAGCUGGCACCAGACAAUGGGCUUGGAGUGGCGCCCCCCCGAGCAGGUGGUGCCUUAGGCAACCGCCUGGUUCGCCUAUGCCCAGAGGCCCUGUGUAGAUGUGCCCCUCUAGACAACCUUUCAAACAGUGACUUUCAUCUUGUUGCUCCUGACCAUCUGCUGUACAAACAGCCCAGCAUUGUUCAGGGUCGUACUGACGUGGUGACGGUGACGCCUUGGUUGGCUCCUGUCAUCUGGGAGGGGACCUUUAACCCUCUUCUGCUUGACAGCAUUUACAAACUCAAGAACAUCACUAUUGCUGCCACAGUGUUUGCUGUUGGAAAGUACAUUAGGUUCUUGAAAGACUUCCUGGUAACGGCAGAGAAGCACUUCUUUACUGGCUUUGGGGUACACAUUUAUGUGUUCACAGACCGUGUCGAUGAGGUGCCCCAUGUCCAAAUGGCCCCUGGCCGACAGCUGAUGGUGAUUUCAGUACCCAGCUCCAAUCGUUGGCAGGAGAUAUCAGCUCGCAGGAUGGAGCUUGUCCGAACUCUGAUAGAGGAGAAGCUUCGUGACCACGUAGACUACAUCUUCUGUCUGGACGUUGACUCUCAGUUCCACGGCCGCUGGGGAACAGAGUCGUUGGGUGGACUGGUUGCUGUCAUACAUCCUGGUUACUACAGAGAUGACCGUAGCAAGUUCCCGUAUGAACGGAGACCAGAAUCAAGAGCCUACGUGGCCCCUGGGGAGGGGGACUUCUAUUACUGCGGGGGCGCGUUUGGAGGCCUCCUGCAGGAAGUCCACCAACUCGUAAAAAUCUGUCACAGCAACUUCUUGGAUGAUGCAAAGAACAACAUUGAGGCAGCUUGGCAAGAGGAAAGUCACCUAAACAGGUACAUGUGGAUCAACAAGCCCAGUAAGGUUCUUUCACCUGAGUACCUAUGGCAGGAUUUCAAACCCAUAAACCCCGAAGUCCGCAUCAUCAGAUUUUCGGGAGUCACCAAGAACUAUGCAGAGAUUCGACCCAAUGCAUGAUGUUCUGUUCUCAACUCAACAGCUGAAAGUCCCAAAAGCUUUGUAAAAUCAUAUUUGCUCAUCUGCACACAUGGGAUGACUAGAAUUUGACCUGUUACAGAGCUUUACUUUGUACAGCAGUUUAAAUUCACUGUAAUAUUUCAGAUUGUCACUUGUAAACAACUAGUAUUUAUCGGACAUAAAAAGAACUGAUGCUAUUUGUUUUGCUAUAAAAUAAGGUCAGACAAAUAAUUAUUAGUAAAUGUGUAAUGUUUUAAUAACAGAAAAAAAGGAUAUCAUGCAUUUGUUUAUUAAAGGCCAACCCCUUAAUCUUU